UCAGAACUAAAAUGGCAUCAGAAAAUGGAGCAAAAUUGAAUAAUAUCAUUCAUGUCGACGAUGUUGUCACUCUAUUAAACGAUAAAGAUGGUUCUAAAGAAAUUGGAGUAGUUAUAAGAAGUGGCAACGAUAGUUCUGAAUCGGAAGAUGAUUCCGAUUGCUCGGACACUGUUAAACUGAACGAGAUUGAAGUAUGUUGGUAUCCCAGUGGUCGUGAGGAGAUUGUCGGUUUAGAAAAGGUUAAGAUAGUUGAUCGUAGUUUUCAACCAAGUGACGUUGUGCAACAUGCGACUCAGCCAAAUCGAAAGGGAUAUAUCAAAGAUUUAAGUAUUGAUUGUGAUAUAAGGAUUCUAGGAACAGACAUAAUUAUUAAAAAUGUCAACAGUAAGAAGUAUCUUUCACCCAUUGAGCCAUAUUUUGACUCAGAAUAUGUUUCUCUUGGGCCCUGGGUUGGACACAUACGUGAAACUUAUACACGAAUUAUUUUUGUUUUGAAGAAUGGUGCAAGAUGUUCAGUUGAAGGAGAGGAUCUGGAGAUGUUUAAAGAUGCGGUAGAUAAACGAGACGAGGGCUGUUUGUAUCGUGGAAACCGUUUCUAUCCAAGUCAGUCUGUGAUUGGUCCAGCCAACGCUUUACGAAAUGCAAAAUGGUUGACAAAAAUAAAAGCUAUAGUAGGGGAACGUAAGAAAGUCAAGGCGAUUGUUGAAGAGAAGUCAAAUGGGAUGUGUGGUUUCUACCUUCCUGGCUUCUUCAAGGAAGAUGAUUAUAAGACUCCUCCAGAUAUGGUUGUCACUGAGGAAGAUUUUCACAAGUUAAUUGUAUAUAAUGAACAUUCCCAGCAACUUCAACUUGGUGAUAAAUGUUUUUACUUUAUAACACAAGAGGAUAUCGUGUCUGAUGAAAGUAUGAAAACACAGGUCAAAGACAAUAAUAAUGACAGACCACCCUCUUCUCCUGUUGGUGACAAAUCGCACGAAACAGUGGCCAUAAAUGAAGAAUUGACAUCAACAUCAAAGCACUCUCAACUAUCCAAUUCAACCGCUGAUGAUGAUAACAAUAAGGAGCUUGGUAACGACUCUUCUAAUAGUGAGGAUGAGUUAGAGACCGGUGGCCAGUCAUGUAACGCCCGGAGGCGUCGUAAAAAAGCAAAAAUACAACAGUUACGUAAGAACCACGUGACUGAUAUGAAAGCAUUUCGACCAGGUGAUCGAGUUUGCGUCGAAAUAACGAGGACCAAAACUCGUGUUGACGUCAUAUGGCAAGAUGGGAGUCUGGAAACGAAUGUAGAUACUCUCUCCUUGGCAUCGAUGCAUCAUUUUGAUGAUAAUUUAUUUCUACCCGGAUAUAUUGUGAAUGAUAAACGAAAUCGUUCCUCGGCUUCGGAAAAGUCCGCCAAAUACGGUAUUGUACGAACUUUUUCUGACGUCGACCGAACUUGUUGUGUAAGAUGGUUUUCGAUCAACGGGGAGGAUCUGGGCCCUGAAGAUGACGUCAGUGUCUACGAUCUAGUGGCCCAUGAGAACAUGGAUUUUAGCCCUGGAGAACUCGUCAUUGCUAUUAAUUUAGAGAUUCGUCCACCGAAUUAUAGUGCUGCUGGCAAGGUAGCAUUUGUAGAUCCAGAGGGGUAUGUGGGGGUAACAUGGUGGCGCAAUGGGACUUCCGACGAACAACGGCACCGUCCUAACGAAUUAUAUAAGCUGCAAAUAGAAGAUAGCCAAUCAGUGGACAGCACUGAUAAAGAUGCUUCGAGUGGGUCCGGGAGUGACAAUUGGGAAACGGCUAGCGAGGAUGAAUUGUCUGGGACACAUGAGGAUAACAAUGAUUUGUCUGGGACACAUGAGGAUAGUAAUGAUGUUCGCGAUCGUUCAUUGAUGACCUCUGUCGAAAACAUUGAUUUUGAAGAAUUGAAAAAUGCGGACAAUCUCAUUCAUGAUCAGCGGUUAAAUAACGAUGAUAUAAAGGAAGAAGAAUCAUUUUUAAUGCGUGCGGAAGUACACGAAUGUCAUCAUUUCUAUGAAGAUCAUUUUGUGAAAACUUUCACACCAGAUAAUCCACGAAAGUUCAUGUCCACACUUCGCAAAGAAAUGAUGUUGUUGAAGACUUCGUUACCGCGUGGGAUCUGGAUCCGAGGAUAUGAAAACGCGUUGGGAUUGUUCUCUGUGUUGAUAACUGGACAAGAUACUCCAUAUGAAGGCGGAGCCUUUCUCUUUGACGUGAAACUACCCUCUGAUUAUCCUGUUUCACCGCCGUUGGUUUUUUACAUUUCCUUGAUUAAGGAUAUUAUAAAUCCUAACCUAUAUGUUGAUGGUACUGUUUGUACAAGUCUUCUUGGAACUUGGUCUGGAAAGGAUUGUGAAAAAUGGACAGAAAAAUCUAACCUGUUACAAGUAUUGUUGUCUAUUCAAGCUCUUAUACUAUGCAAGGAACCAUACUACAAUGAGGCUGGCUAUGACAAGUUGAGAGGCACAACCAAGGGAGCUGCAAAUGCUCGUGUUUAUAACGAAAUGGCUAUACUUCAUGUAAUAACAUCGAUGACAGCUACAGUCAAAUUGAGACAUCCUGCGUUUAAAGAAAAUAUCAUUAAUUUCUUUAAAAAUGAAGGUCCAAGAACAGUACAGAGGUGUAAAAAGUGGAUGGAAUUAUCACAAAUAAAUAACAUAAAGAAAACAUCUAAGAUGCACAAUGAUGUCACAAAUAAGGAACUGCCACAGUUUCCUUUAUUCCCAGUGUCUAAGGGUUUUUGUAAAUGUUUACAGCGAAAUGUUGAUGAAUUUCAUAAAGCUUUAAUGGAAGAAAGCAUAACUACCAAUGUGGAAUGACGUAGAUUUAUAAGAUAAUCAUUGUAAAUACAGCAUCUUUGUGAUUGGAAUCAUUCAGGUAUUGUUGAGAAUACCGUUAUUUAAUAAUUUUAAGUUAAACUGUUGGUUGUAAUCAUGAAUAAAUAAUGUGUACUGCAA